GUUAGAUAUUUCCUUACGAUGGAAAAAGGAGGAGAUUACAGAAAGCUGCAAAAUGCAACACCUAUAACAUGCCAGCAAAAUCUUAAGUUUUGGUGGGACCAUAUCCACGUGUCAUCCGGAUAAGCUACUGUUGAAUAGAGAGAGAGAGAGAGAGAGAGAGGGAGAGAGAGAGAGAGAGAGAGAGAGAGGCUAUGGAAAAUAAGGAGGCGGAGGAGGAACAGGAGGAGGUGGCGGGAGAAGCGGAGGAGGAAGGAGAGGUGGGGUCCAGUUUGACGUUAGAGAGGGUGGCAGCUGCAAAGCUUUUCAUUGAGAAUCAUUAUAGGGCUCAAAUGAAGCAUAUUCAACAACGCAAAGAAAGGCGGUCAGAGUUGCAAAAGCAGUUGGCAUCUUCUGAUGUGUCUCAAGAGGAACAAACUAAUCUACUGAAGGAUUUAGAGCGCAAAGAGACUGAAUAUAUGCGACUUAAAAGGAACAAAAUUUGUGUUGACGAUUUUGACCUUUUAACCAUCAUAGGCAGAGGGGCUUUUGGAGAGGUAAGGUUGUGUCAGGAGAAGAAGUCUGGGAACAUCUAUGCCAUGAAAAAGUUGAAGAAGUCAGAAAUGCUUAGCAGGGGACAGGUUGAACAUGUUAAAGCUGAAAGGAAUUUGCUUGCUGAAGUCGCCAGUCACUGCAUUGUCAAGCUCUACUACUCCUUCCAAGAUGCUGAGUACUUAUAUCUAAUCAUGGAAUAUCUUCCUGGUGGUGACAUAAUGACUUUGUUAAUGAGAGAAGAGACUUUGACUGAAACUGUGGCUAGAUUUUAUAUUGCUCAGAGUGUCCUGGCCAUAGAAUCUAUUCAUAGACACAACUAUAUUCACAGAGAUAUAAAACCUGAUAACCUAUUGCUGGACAAAAAUGGCCACAUGAAGCUUUCUGAUUUUGGUCUUUGCAAGCCUCUUGACUGCUCAAAUUUGUCUGCCAUAAAUGAAAAUGAAGUGCUUGAUGAUGAGAAUUUGAAGGAAUCCAUGGAUGUUAAUGGAAGAUUUCCAGAUACUGGUGGAAGGCGCUGGAAAAGUCCCCUUGAACAACUGCAACAUUGGCAGAUGAACAGGAGAACAUUGGCAUAUUCUACAGUUGGUACACCAGAUUAUAUUGCACCAGAAGUAUUGCUGAAAAAAGGAUAUGGCAUGGAGUGUGACUGGUGGUCACUUGGUGCAAUAAUGUAUGAGAUGCUUGUCGGUUAUCCUCCAUUUUACUCUGAUGAUCCAGUAACAACAUGCAGAAAGAUUGUGCACUGGAGAAAUCACUUAAAUUUUCCAGAGGAAGUGAGGCUGACACCUGAAGCAAAAGAUCUGAUCUGUCGGUUGCUUUGUGAUGUUGAACAUAGACUUGGUACUCUUGGGGCUGACCAAAUUAAAGCUCAUCCUUGGUUCAAAGAUGUUGCAUGGGACAAACUUUAUGAAGUGGAAGCAGCAUUUAAACCACAAGUUAAUGGGGAACUUGAUACUCAAAAUUUCAUGAAAUUUGAUGAGGUUGAACCUCCACGAACAAGAAGAGGAUCAGGACCUAUGAGAAAGAUGAUGUUAAAUCCUCAAGAUCUUACUUUUGUUGGUUACACAUACAAGAACUUCGAUGCUAUCAAAGGGUUACAUCAUUCUUUUGAUUUAAAGAGGAGCACAUCACAGUCAUCAACAGACUCUUUUCAUAGUGAUUCUGCGGUGGAUUACUCUUCUAAGAACUUGCUGGAUGACUCGGAAAUUCAGAAGCUUGCGUCAGAAGAAGAUCCUGUGUCGCCAUGAAGAAUCUCGAAAUUCUCACCAUGUUAAACUGUCUAGAAUUAACAAAUGGGGUUCACUUCUUGUGAAGGUGGGAGGGAGGGUCUACCUGCUUAUUUUUUGGUCAGGUAUAGCCCUAAACUGCAAUGUUAAUGAAGCUCUCUAAAAAUGUACAGUACUAUUGGUGAAACUUCUGGGAAGCAUGUUUGGUUCUCUACUAACUAGUUGUGGUUACAAUUUAAAGGGUUCUGUUUCUAUGUAAAAAUCACCAAGUUUACCGAGGUCCCUGACUGCCCAGGUUGGUGGACUAAAUAUGCCUUCGCUUGUGGCAGUAUAGGUCCUUUCUAUAUUCGUUUUCCUUUUCCCCCCUUUCAUCCCUUUUUGGAUAGUCUAGGAAGCUGGUAAAAGCCCAGAGGCCAGAGCUGUAAUCUGAAUGCCAAUUUGUAUGCGUGUUUUGAGAUUGAAACGGUAAAUCAAGUAUGUCUUUAUUUUUUUUCCUGAUC